AUGACCUUUGCAACGGCUAUCAACAACGAGGGACAAUCCUCUAUUACCAGUCGCCAUGGAUUGUCAGCAGAAAAACACGCCGAGGAUUCCACAGAUGUCCCUGCAAAGGCUGCUAUUGUCAAUGACGGUGAAGAGGCCAUCGGGGAUGAUUCGAAGAUCCUCGCCUUCGAUCAUACGCACCGCAAGCUAAAGCCUAGACAUAUACAGCUUAUCGGGAUCGGGGGUACAAUUGGCACGGUGUUACUCCAGGGCGCCGAGCGCCGAUUGUUUCAAUCGUCUUUGAUGGCCCAGCGCAACCACAUGGACUACGAUUACCCAUGGCUCUAG